AUGCAUCAGCGGGUUCAUGCCGGGGAGAGGCCGUUCUCCUGCUCAACGUGUGGGAAAGAAUUCACUCAGUUAUCCAGCCCUAUGAUACACCAGCGAGUUCACACUGGGGAGAGACCGUUCACCUACUCUGAGUGCGGGAAGACAUUCCCUUGGUCAUCUAACCUGCUGCAACACCAGCAAAUUCACAGUGCGGAGAAAGAUUCAACAUGCUGUAUGCUCAAUAUACAACCAUCACUGAUACUGAAAUCCAGCGCAAAUUCACAAGUGUUGCAGGUGUUCACGGAGGUCGGAUUCUGUUGACGCUGCUGAUCUCGUACAGGAUAAUCUCUUUCACUGAGUGUUC